CCAGACGCAGGAGAGAGACACAGAUAGUCCACGCUCCGUAUGCAGAGAACAUCUUUUUCCAACCACGCACUUCUUUGGAAUCCAUUUCAGACAAGGAAGAAUGGAUUUCUUAGAUCACGGCUACUCUCCGUAUGAGUACACGUUCAAUUUUUGGAAUGAUUAUCUAGGUUUGUCAACAAUUGUCUCUAAAAACAAGAUUAGCAACCAGUCCCACAAUCCCAAUUCCAUAACAGAGUCUCUGAAAGCGACCAUGGGUUUAGAUGACGCGCCUAUAUGCUCCUGCGUAAUCAGACGCGGCGCCACGGACAUCAGCGGACACUUGGACUGUCGCUGUUCAUUCGCCAGCACCCCACCAACCUCCAUUCUCGACCUGAGAGAGCGCCUCUCACAUUUCAGCCCUUUCGAAGAUCUAACAAGUGAAACUCCGUCUAUAGACAGCAACUCUGCAUUCAGAGGAAACUUUGGUGGCCUUGACCUGCUCGGAGUGGACCGUAGACGCAAACAAAUGCACAGGGGGGUUAAGCCGGAGCCGAAGAUUUGCGUGUUCUGUAGGAAUAACGGGGCACCGGAGGAAGUCUUUGGAUCUCACGUCUUAAAGACGCCAGAUGGCAGAGUUGUAUGCCCCAUUCUCCGAGCGUACACUUGCCCACUCUGCAGUGCCAACGGAGACAAUGCGCACACCAUCAAGUACUGCCCGCUGUCAAAGGACCCGCCAGCACAGCGAGUAGUGCGAGCAGGGCGCGCGGUGGGUAGCAAAAGGAUGAAAAUAUUCUAAAUGAAGAAAAAAAACGUCGGCAAUUACAGUAAACGCUUGUAAAUCACUUUUCCAUUCAUACAUCUCAAAUGUAAUUUUUGAUCAUUUUGUUUCUUUUACAUGUAGACUACAACACAAGUUGGAAUAUGGUCCUAUAUUCUCUUAAUAUACUUUGGUUAUAGAUACAACUUUCGCGCUGUGGAAACUUGAAAAUAUGGCCGCAUAAAGAGAAAGAGUGCCAUUUACAAAUGAAUGAACCAAAGUACAGUACGACAUAUGAAUGAGUGUUUGCAAUGCAUAUUUAGUAACGCAAAGACGCACUAAUAGUGCAAAUUGUAGCCUAUCAUAAAGUACUUUCUAUAUAUCAGUAGCCCUGUACUGUAUUGUACAUCAAUGCAUUGAAUAUAUGUUUAAUGGUAGGUAUAGGCCUACUUGAUUGAAUUUUGUAUUAUUAGAUUAAAUUGAUAUUAUGCUAAUCAGUGUCUUUAUGUAGAUGGCCAGCACAGUUUUGGAUGUUGUUUUCUACCAAAGGAAUACAAUUUAUAUGAAAUGAAAAACGUUUGUUUCUGUAUCAUGUUUAUUCUGCAUUUUAAAUGUCUCUUAUAUCCUGAGACAGACCCAUUAAACAGUACCACUAUUGUGGGGAUGCACAGAAAAUGUUUCAAAGUUGAACUGGUUUUAAAUGAUUUUAUUUUUGCAUUUGAAGUAAUUAUCGCCCUGGUUGGCAUUGUUUACCUGCAUCACCAGAACCAGUUGACUACUGUUCACGGUAGCUACAUUUGAUUUCAAGGUGUGUAUGUACAAAAGAAACUGACAUCAGUCUCAGGUGAUAUGCCUGCUUUUCCAAAACCUUCACCUGAAAAAGGAACAUAGUUGUCGUAUUUUUUG